AUGGUUGUUGCAGAGUUCAAAUUUUGCAAUCAGACCAUCUCGCAUCCUGUUUCAGGAUCAAUUACUGUCAAGGAGAUGAUAAGUGUGGUGAAACAAAAGUGGCCUUAUGUUCCUGAAGACCUCAUUAUUUUUGGGAUUGACUUGGUGAAGUUUGAAAUCCAGUUAAGGACCUGUGUUGAUUAUAUUUCUUCAUCUUCUGCUCCUGCUCCUGCUUCUUCGUCAUCAUCAAGUUGUAUUUCAAGCGAUGAGGUAGUUGAAUUGGAAGACGUCACUGAUGAUGCGUGUUUGAUCAAAAAGGUCCCGAAGAAGUCUGAUGCUUGGGUCAACAUCUUAACUGGAGUAGGGCAGUUGUUUGAAGGUGGUAUUAAAGAAGUUAAGGAUUGUGUUACAAAGUAUGAAAUAAAUAGUGGUCGCAAAUACAAAUUGAAGAAGAGUGACCUUGUACGAUACACUGUGGAGUGCAAGUUCAAAAAGGAGGAAAAUUGUCGCUGGAGGUUUCACGCCUCUCUUCUGGCCAAUACAAAAUGUGUAUUUCGAUGCAAGAGAUACAUUGGAGAGCAUUCAUGUAGUUUAGCUUCUUCUGACCCAUCAAAAGUUAGGAUAAGAAAAUCGUUUUUGAAGGAUAUAUUGGCAGAUGAUUUACGAGCAUCUAAGAAGAAGAAGACUGCUUCUGAUGUUAUAGAUUUACUCCGAAUGGAAUAUGGAGUUGACCUCACGUAUAGUCAGGCAUACCACGGUUUACAAUUCACCAAACAAUUUCUUUGGGGUGAUGACAUCAAGUCUUAUUCAGAUUUUGUUUGGUAUAAAGAUGCCAUUGAACAUUACAAUCCUAGAAGCGUCGUGAAUUUUGAGUAUGAUGGUGUGACUCGUCGGUUCAAAAGGUUUUUCGUGGCCUUUGAAGCUUCUAUAACAGGUUUCAACAAUUACUGUCGUCCGAUGCUAUUUAUUGAUUGUACCUUUCUCACUGGGAAGUUCAAAGGUGGUCUUAUGGUUGCUUGCGACAAAACUGGUAACCAAGUUGCAUUUGGAAUUGUUGAAAGUGAAAAUUGUGAUAGUUGGGAAUGGUUCUUAACCAAUUUGAAGGGUAUUAUUCGUGAAGAUCGUCCACUGACCAUCAUAUCAGAUCGUGGAAUUGGCCUUUUGAAGCAUGUGCCUGUAGUAUUCCCAAAGGAUUUCCAUUCCUACUGUUUGUACCAUAUGAAAGGAAAUAUUCCUGUUCCAAAGGGCAAGAGCAGAAAAACUGCAGUCAAGUUAUUCGAAGAGUGCUACACUGCAUUAACAAAGGAAAAUUUUUAUGUUGCUGCGAAGAGUAUGAGUAAUCUAAAGUUGGAUUCAGUGGUUGCUUGGAUGAUGAAGAUUCCAUUUGAGAAUUGGGAUGUUCAUGCAUUUCUAGGAGAAAGGUGGGGUGAGAACACAUCUAAUAUUGCUGAGAGUUUUAACAACGUCAUUAAGCAUGAUAAGCCGCUUCCAGCACUUGAGCUUGUUGAUGUUAUUCGUGCUAAAGUGAUGGAGCAUAAUUACAAGAGCUUUCCUUGCACUCAUGCAAUGAAAGCAAUGUUGCAUAUUGGAAAUGAUAAACCGUACAACUACAUCAGCCCUUACUAUACUUCUGUCUACUAUAGAAGGUUGUACUCUCGACCCAUUUAUCCUAUUCCUGACUCUGAGAAGCCACCUGGAAUUAAUGAAAGGGGGUAUAUUUUGUCUCCCACCGGUGGUCGAGAACAAGCUGGAAGACCUAAAGGUGUUAGGUACAGGGGUUCUCGUGAAAAGGUGCGGAAGAAGAGGAAGUGUGGCCAUUGUGGGAUGCUGACCUUUCACAACCGUCGAACAUGUCGCAGAGCUCCUUUGGCUCCUCGUGCACCAACGUUUCGCAAGGAGUCUCAUUCCAGGAUUAUCAACUUCUUGAAGAGGAUGUUGUUUUGA